UAAAAUUCCAGCUGAUCGCAAAUAAAAAGACAAUUGAACUUAAAUUACAAAGAAAUUGUGUAAGACAGGCCUACAUGGAAUUGAAAUGAACAACAGCGCACCUGAGCACCUACAUAGAUCACAAAAGCAAUUAACCGUUAAGCGAAAAUGGGUUAAACUUAAACAACGACCGCCCUCAUUUGCGCCAAAAAUGAGUCAUGAGUAACAGCAACUCGUAGCUGCUUUCGCUUUUGUUGUGGCAUCGGCAAAACAUUCCACUUUGGGCAGCUAAACCAAUUGGACGUGCUCCAUCUUCCGCGCUCUCUCUCUCUCUCUCUCUAUCUCUUUUAACUAUUAUAGAAUGUUCGAUUUCAAUUUGGAAUUUGCGCGUGGCGGCGCCUCUUUCACCAGCGAACUGUUCCAGCUGCUAGCAGCUGGUGGACUAAAGCAAAACAUCGUCUUCUCUCCAUUCUCUAUACAAACUUGCCUGGCAUUAGCCUUUGCCGGUGCUCAGGGUGAGACAGCCGAUGAGAUUGCCAAGGGUUUGCGUUUCGUCUCCAACUUCCCACCAGAAGUCGCGCAAACCUUCCAGUUUGUGCUGCAAAAGUACAAGGAUAGCAAUCUGUUGAAGGUGGCCAACAAGCUGUACGUGCAGCAGGGCAAGCAGCUAAAGGCCAGUUAUGAAGCCUCCAUCAAGCAGGACUACAACUCCGAGGCGGAGUCCAUUAAUUUUGCUCUCAGUGACGCGGCUGCUCAAUUGAUCAACGGCUGGGUGAAUGCCAAGACAGAAGGCAAGAUCACUGAACUGGUCACUGCCGAUAGCUUCAAUGAGAACACACGUCUUGUGCUGCUCAAUGCGCUGCACUUCAAGGGCAGCUGGGCCAACAAGUUCGAUGAAUCGCACACCGAAGAGGAUGAUUUCUGGACAGCCGAAGAGCAGAGCAUUAAGAUACAAUAUAUGAAUCAGAAGGCGAAAUUCGGCUAUGGCUACUUUGAGGACUUGAACUGCACAGCAUUGGAUAUGCCCUACAAGGAUUCCGAUUUGUCGAUGUUUGUGCUAUUGCCGCAGGAGCGUGAGGGCCUCAAGGACCUGGCCGAGAAGCUAAAGGGCGUUAAUCUAGUGGAUUUGGCUGGUAAACUGAAUGUGGAGGAAGUUCAGGUGAAAUUCCCGAAAUUCAAGGCUGACUACUCCAUAGAAUUGGUCGACAAGCUAAAACAGCUGGGCAUUACAAAAAUGUUUGAUGAGGGCGCCGAUUUCAAUAAUCUGCUGGAAUCCCCUGAAGGUAUUUACGUGUCGAAGGUCUUGCACAAGGCAACGAUUGAGGUGAACGAGGAGGGCACCGAGGCAGCUGCUGCUACCAGCAUGAUUAUGAUGACGCGCAUGAUGCUAUUGCCACUGCAAUUCCAAGCGGAUCGUCCAUUCCUCUAUGUCAUCUGGAACAAGAAGAAUAUUGUUUUCGCUGGCGCUUUUGUCAAUGCACCAACUGCCUAAAACCUUAAAAAAAGCUCAUUAAUUUAUUUGUUAUUUUGAUAAUGAUUUGUAUUUAAUAAAAAAAAUAU